AACCCGAAAACAUGGCGAAUGUUUCUCGGUUUGGAAUCAAAAUGUGUUGAUAUUUGUGGUAGCUUUUGGAUUAAUUUUACAUUAAUACAAUUGUGAUAAGUGUUUUAAAAGCGAUGUCGUCUUUGCAGUACGUCGUUCACCCUUUACCGGGGAACGAGGAGCAGUUCAAUGACAGACUGAAAGAAGUAGCUGAUCGAAUCAACCGCCUUGGCCACACCUCGCACCCAGGCCUGUCCAGCCUUCGUUCCGGCAUAAAGAAAAUCUGCCUUGGCCCUUCGUUCAUCGCCCUUCUCCUCGACGAUGGUCGUGUAUGUCGCGUCUCUUACAACGUCCUCUCUGACCGUUUAGACCUCAGUAAGAACGACUCGACAAAAAAACCUUGGUUGUUGCGCAGUUCCGGAGGCGGCGCUACUGGAGGUUCAAGUGGCGGUGCUGGCGGUGGCAGCGGCAGCAGUAAGCCAACUGGGAGCGGAAGACAGAUGCCUAGGACCAGGGCGAGGAUCAUGCGUUCGAAUACGGCCAUUAGAGGUGGAAGUAAUAGCGGCGGUCGUGGGGCUCCAGUUAUCAUAGGAACGAGCAGUUCGAGUAGUGGAAGACCGAUGGUUACAGUCCCGGCGCCCUAUGUACCCGAAGAGUUGGUUUCGCAAGCACAGGUCGUACUUCAAGGAAAAAGCCGGAAUUUGAUAAUACGAGAGUUGCAACGCACAAAUCUCGAUGUUAAUUUAGCCGUUAAUAAUUUACUGUCGCGUGAUGAUGAAGAAGGAGAGGAGGGAGACGAUGCUGCUGAUUCUUACGUACCAGAGGAUCUAAUUUCACUGCUUGAUGGAGGUUUUCAUACCGAUCAUUCGGUUAUUAUCGAUGCUGAUGCGAUGUUUUCCGAAGAUAUGUUUGGAUAUUCGGGGAUUAGGAACUUCCUUAAUAGUCGCGGCAGUGGAAGAAGUCGAUUGGCCGAUAGAGAUGCACCACCUAACAAUAGUUCGAAUUCGGAUCGAGACAGAGAGAAUUUUUCGAGAUGGAGAGAUCGUCAAUACUUUGGACCUAGAAGAUGGCUCGAAACAGCACUAAGGGAAAGUCCAUAUGAAAAAGAUUCAGAUCACAAGAAGAAAGACAGUGCGUGUCCAUUGUGGAUCUCCGAUGAUUUGGAAUUUUGGCCUGACUCGGCACCGAAAUUCGUCCAAAUUGCAAGUCUCUACUCGGAAUUAAUCGCAUUGUCGAGUAACGGACAAUUAUUUCAAUGGCGUUGGAACGACUCUGAGCCUUACAGACAUCCAGAGAACCCCAACAUACAUCAUCCUAAGACAGUUCCUUUGGGGCUAAUGGGCGAAAAAGUCGUUCAUUUGUCGGCCUGUUGCACCCGUUGUUCAGUAUCAACCGAAAGUGGCAAAGUCGCCACAUGGUUAGACGAGCUUCUAGCACCAGCAGCAGCGAAAUUGGAACAUACAGCUCAAGCCUAUUCUGAAUUUCAAACUGAUAAAGUCGCGUCUUUGUAUACUUGUCCUUUGUACACAGUUGCCAAACUUGAAAGUGGUGCUUUGUACUGGUGGGGAGUUUUGCCGUUCGCUCAACGCAAACGAUUGUGGGAGAAAUACAGAACGAAAUGUCGGAAACAGAGACCUUCAAAUAACCAAUCAGAGAUCAUUACCGGAUCACAAGUUUGUAUGAAAAACAGUCCCAUGUACCAAGCUGGUGCGAUAGGAUUUACGAUUGCGAAUGGAGUACCCAAAGUGGGACAACUACAGAACGCAGCUUGGACAUUGAGCGAUACUUGUACUUUCAAGAUUGUCAACGUUCAGACGACUGGAGCUUCGAGUUCGGAUAAAGGGAGGGACGCAGUACCUGGCCCCAGUGGACUAUCGAAUUUGACAAAUAAGAGUUCAUCGAAUAAAGAAAAUGCUGAUAGGUUAGACAUGCCUCCGCCACCAUCGCCGGCUUCGAGUACUUGCAGCGAUACCGGAAGUAUUUCAAACAGUCACAAGCGUCAAAAACGCAUGACCGUUUCGGGAGGCGACACCGGUUCGGAACAAAGAAAAGACGAAGAAGAAUGGCUUCUGAGGAAUGUUAUUUUCGUUGAAGAUGUACGAAGUGUGCCUGCUGGUCGCGUUUUGAAAGUGGAUGGUGCUUAUGCCGCCGUUAGAUUUCCGAGUGGACAUUCCAGAGAUCGUGAUACGAAAGAUGCCGACGAUAUAUUCCAAGAUUGUCGAUUAAUGCGCAAAGACGAUCUUCAAGUGAUUAAAUCAUCGUCUAAUUCGCGCGUCCCUGACUGUUUCCAAAAAACCCCACGACGUAUCCAAAUUUCCGACAAUAGUAAUCAAAUUUUAACGAUUGCCGUUGAUGGACAAGGCAUACAUGCCAUUGUUCGGAACGGAAAUAAACUAAGUUAUGUUGUUUACAACGUCAGUAGUGGAAGAAUUGAACAAGAUAAUCCUUUUCCGAGCGAUACUGCGUCAUUUAUGGGGCUUUAUCCAAAUUUGAUCAACUUGAUUUGUGCCGGAGAAAGUUCUGAAACAAUUUUGGUUUUGCGAGACGGCAACAGUACAAUUUAUCCUCUAAGUAAAGAUUGUGCCGAUGCAAUUCGUGAUCCGCAAUGUUUAGAUUUACCACCAGUUAAAUGUUUAACAGCUGGUACAUUCGGUUUAAGUGGAACUGGUCUCAACAUGAAAAAUCAAGUGGCUAUUGUUGUUUUCGCACUCGAACAACAAUUACUCAUGCCGAAAAUUCUACGUUGUGAUAUUGAUGGAGUCAGACAAGUUUUGGCACAAUUAGACAGCGAUUUGAAAACUAACGUUUCUUCAGUUUCGAAUAUACUAAAUGAGCGUUGUGACGGUAAUCGUAACAUUUUUCACGCUGUAGUGAAUAUGUGUACGCCGACGUCGAACAAGGAAACUGAAAGCGAUCAGCACAGUUUCGUUCAAGAGGAACCGAUACCGACGCAUAGUUGGCCCCCUGAAACCUUUGAUGUCACCUCAGGCGAUGAAGAUAGUUUAAUGGGUUUGGGAAGCAGUGCUGCCAAUAAUAAAGGAAGUGGAAAUAACAGUAAUGCACCAACGAAUCUUAUUGUCGAUCCAAUUGAGAGACGAUCGAACGCUAUGCAAAUCUUACACGCACUUUUGUACGAUUCAUCAGCUCUGGAACCACAUCUCAUUGAACUUUUAUGUGCAAAGGAUGCACAAGGUCAGACUCCGUUUAUGUUGGCAGUAUCGUCGCGAAGUUAUCCAGCUGCGUUAGAAAUCUUUGAAAGAAUUAUAAAAUUGGGGACUCCUCAAGAACGCGAAGAGAUGAUCUUUCCCAAAGGUUCAAAUCCGGAUCAUUCACCUCUACAUGUUCUCUGUUGUAAUGACACGUGUAGUUUUACGUGGACUGGUGCGGAACACAUCAAUCAAGAUAUAUUUGAAUGUCGCACUUGUGGUCUCACCGGAACGCUUUGUUGUUGUACUGAAUGUGCAAGAGUUUGUCAUAAAGGCCACGAUUGCAAAUUAAAGAGAACCUCACCAACGGCUUACUGCGAUUGUUGGGAGAAAUGUAAAUGUAAAGCAUUGAUUAUGGGAAAUCAAACAGUUCGAUACGAACUUUUGACACGUUUGGUUAAAGAAACAGAUCUUGUUUGUUUACCAAAUUCACGCGGCGAAAGUAUUUUAUUAUUUUUGGUCCAAACUGUUGGUCGACAAAAUCAAGAACAAAGACAGUUUCGUCAUACCAGACCAAGGACGGCAUCGGCUAACUCUCGAAAUAAAACACCUUCUUCAGAUAUUGAGACCGAUAUGCCAGAGCACGAUUUAGAGCCUCCCAGAUUCAGUCGACGAGCUUUGGAAUGUCUUUUAGGCGAUUGGAAAGCCGUUCAAAGUAUGAUAAUGUCGGGCACUAGAGACGUCUCUGAAACACAAUUCACCGAUCAACCUUACGUUUCCAAACAGACAGGAACAGCACUUUUAGAUAAAUUCUCAUUGUGUUUCCUCGUUAAAUGUCAAAUGGUCAUUGACGUACUUCUCGAAACGCUAAUCAGAGAAAUGAAAAAUCCCGAUCUGAAACAAGCACAAUACGCGACAAUGGUAUCGCGACGUUUCGUCCGUUCUGUUGUGCGUAUUUUCGUUGUUUUUUCAAUUGAAAUGGCCCCGAAUGCGACAAAAAGACGAAGUCUAAGUAACCAAAACCAACCAUUGACUAAAUGUCGCAAAAUCUUUCAAGCGUUGAGUAAAUUAUCGAUUGAGGAGUUGUGCGAAAGUGCAGAUGCUAUUAUGGCACCGGUUCGAUUAGGAGUAGCGCGACCUACAGCCCCCUUCUCUCUUGCAACUUCAGUAAAUGAUGUGCUAAACGGAUCAGAAGAGUUAUUCCUAGUGGAUCCUUUAGCACCGUCAAGUUCGCGUUCUUCAGGUCCUUCUUCUAUGCCUCGGUUUCCGUUUUUGGCCGAAGCUGUACGAAGAGCGGCUGCGAAUGCACGUGAUCUAGCAAACGCACGUGAUUUGUUGAAUCUAAAUGAUGGGGAAAGUAUGGCGAUUGAUAAUGAUGAUGAUAAUGCGUCCGAACAUGAGGAUGUCCCCGCUGAUCGUGAAUUACCGAUCACUGUUCGGCAAUCAUCGACUAAUGAAAAUGAAACUGUUGAAGCACCACCAUAUCAGCAGGAAAGUCGUAUCCAGGGUGAAGAAAGCGAUCCCGAAUUGGAUUUACUAGCCGAGACGGAGUCGGAUAGUGAUGAUAAUCAUAGUAAUCAAGAUGCGGCAUCUGCACAGAGAUCGGUACAGACGGGAGCAACAGCCGGCUCUGAUACCGGAGGUAUGCUGCUGUUCCCGGAAGAUGAAAGCGGCGAGUCGAGUCAACAGGAAGAGGAAGAGAGUGAAGCGGGAGAAACUGACGAACAAGAUACUGAAGAUUAUACAUUGACCGAUGAACAAUUGGAACGUCGAAGAAGCCGUUACAGCAAUACGACUGGUCAUGGACAGCGGAGCAAUUUGGCCCCGCAGAAUAUGCAAUGGGCAAUACGGUCACGUGAAGCAAGCAGAUCAGCAGGUGUUCGAUUGGCCAACGGUUCUAAUUUAGUUUUUAUUGAUCCCAGUACGUUAAGACGUUCUACGACAGGAAGUACGGCUGUUGCUGCGAGUUCAGAACCAGUGGCCAUGUCCACAUCGGCCAGUUCCUUAGCUAGGGCUUUCGGCGCUAUUAUACGUCAAAUUACCGAUUUGUUGUCCUCACUACCCGAUUUGAAUCAAGCUUUGUCGACUGUUGCACACAUGGAAGUAUCACAAGAUGAUAUCUACAACAUACAAAUUUAUUUGGAAUUCCGCCUGAAGCCGACUUGGGAUUGGCUUUUGACCGUGAUGGACGCCACUGAGGCCCAAUUGAAAUUCGGGGCGUCUCUAACCAACUCUCUUGAUCUUUCGAGUCCAGGUCAUCCUCUCAAUACCGGAAUUACGACUGGAGUUUCUGCAAACAGUUCCAACAGUCUUCGAUCGAGUGGUCAUCGCGGUCAUACCAUUUCCAGUAGUUCUGGUACACGAUUGGUUGGUUUUACCUCAAACGUAGAAAGUCGAACUCGACCCGAACGUGAUGGUGUGGAUGCUCAUGCGGCCCGAAGAGAAUUUCUUUCGUAUUGUUUGUCAUUGAUGCGAGCUCACAAUAACGAACAUUUGGAUUCUUUACCGAUUUUGGACGUUUCUGCUUUAAAACAUGUUGCUUAUGUUUUCGAUGCUCUUAUUUAUUUUAUGAGAUCGGGAUCAUCAGACCGUAACGAGACUGAUUUACGUCGUGAUGGUUUUUCGCUUCCGUUGUGGAAUGAUCAAGAUGAGAAUGAAAACGAAGAAGCUGAAGAAGAUAUAGCUGUGGCAAUGGAAACGGAAAGUUUGGAAGAUCAAGAUGUUUCUAAUCUAGCGACGAUUUCGAGUACUUUAAAUUCGUCGAGUUUGCAAGGUGGUUCGGGGAAAGGUCGCAAACAUUCGUUUUUCCAACGAUCUGAAUCUACUUUGUGUCUGGGGUGUCCUCCACCAGAUCCGUUUGAAACACCAAUGGCUGAAGCACUACCAUUGGCCGACCAACCACAUCUUCUACAACCCAAUGCGAGAAGAGAAGACUUGUUUGGAAUUCCCAAACAACCAAUCACUUUAGCCUCAACUGGAAACGUUUCUAACAAUCCUCUUGAAUCGCUUCCGACGAAAUUGAGUCUUUCGACUCGAACAACAGAUUUUGCAAUGAGUCAACCGGCCAAAGCCAAUCAUCCAAUUUCGCAAUCGUUAAACGUCAUGGGUCCAAAUCCGUUAAUUUAUCCUCAAAAUUACAAUCCUGAAACGGAAACAAAUGCUCGAGAAGUUCAUGUCCAAACUGAAACCUCCUCCUCCAAUGAACCAUCAACAUCCGACGACACUCAUCCUAAAAAUAAAAACUUGCAAACGUUUGAGAGUCUCCUCGCCGCUGUUAAAAACGAAAUCGGUGAAAAUAACAAAGAUAACACACCACAUGAUUUAUCAUCACGACAUAAUGAAGUGCCAACGUCUAGGCCUCAAAUUAUUGUUUCGCCGCGAAAAACUUUCGGUUUAGAAGCUUCGCAUCAGGAACAAGAAGGAAUAAAUGGAUCGAAUGAAGCCAUGCAAGAUUAUAAUAGCGGGUCAUCGACUCCUUCAUCUAGAAGUCCAAGCAAGAGUGUCAUAGUUCGAGCAGGAUCAUCAAUGGGUAAUCAACAAAAAUCAAACGAUUCGAACGUGAUGAUGUCAGUCGAUUCUCAACAACCGGAAACGUUAGAAAAUCAAGAAAUAUCAGCCAAUGUGACUGUUGUAACAACUCCGAGUGUCAAUACUGAAGUUUUACGUCCGACUAUUGGCCAAUCUGUAUCACACGAUUUAUUAUUGGGUCGUUGGAGACUUUCUCUCGAUCUAUUCGGUCGUGUUUUCAUGGAAGACGUUGGAUUAGAACCGGGUUCUAUAGUUUCCGAAUUGGGUGGAUUUCCAGUUAAAGAAGCCAAAUUUCGUCGAGAUAUGGAGAAAUUGCGCAACAACCAACAAAAAGAUUUGACUCUUUCAAAGAUGGAAAGAGAUCGCACUCAACUUCUUUUGAUGACAUUUAAAGAAUUGAACACUCAAUACAACAACUACAAUCGUCGUAAUUCAUCGUCGCCCCCUCUUGCGGUAAAUCGUGUGAAAGUGACUUUCAAGGAUGAGCCUGGUGAAGGUUCUGGUGUUGCACGUAGUUUUUAUACUGCGAUUGCUGAAGCGAUUUUAUCCAAUGAGAAGCUUCCGAAUUUGGAGUCGGCUCAAGUCGAUAAUAAGUACACUCAAUACAGUGUUUUGCAACGAUUACGACGUGAUAGAGAUGUGUUGCGUCGAACCGUCCCUAUGCGUGGUUCAAAUCGAUCACGUGAACAUCGUCGUACGAUGAACGUAGAGGCGAGACCGUUUGUCCCCAGUGAUAAUUUUCAUUCGGAUGCACCGUCGAUGCCCGAUUUAUCAACAUCAGGGAAUCCCACAGGAAAUCAAUCGGGAUCAAGUCGUAACGAACAAUUCUCAUCACACCAACAACAACUAGGUGAUCGUUUGUAUCCCAAAGUGUACAAUUUACAUCCGAAUUUCGCUGCAAGAAUCACCGGAAUGCUUGUGGAGUUAUCACCAGCUCAAUUGUUGCUUCUUUUAGCGUCCGAAGAUUCGUUGAGAGCGAAAGUGGAAGAGGCAGUUGAGAUGAUUUUAGCACAUUUACAUUCCCAACAAGAAUUGACUUCGGAAGCUUUACUCGAAUUGGAUGUUUUUACGUUGACUGAUCGAAGUUCGAGUUCUAGAAAAGUUUCAGGACGUUCAAGCGGAAAUGAUAGUUCAGUGGUUGAAGAAAACGUGCAAGAUGAAGAGGAUAAUGCGCCGUUGUUUUAUUGUCCAGGAAAGAGAGGUUUUUAUGCACCUCGACAAGGCAAAGCAACGUUUGAAAGAUUGAAUGCGUUUAGAAACGUAGGGAGAUUGAUUGGAUUGUGUCUUUUACAAAAUGAACUUUGUCCGAUUUUCUUGACGAGACAUGUUUUAAAAUCAAUUUUAGCGAGACCGAUCAAGUUUCAUGAUUUUGCGUUUUUUGAUCCAGUCGUUUACGAGUCUUUGAGACAAUUAGUGGUGGAUGCCGAAACAAAAGAUUGUAAUAAUUUGUUUUCAACACUUGAACUCAAUUUCACGAUUGAUUUAAGUCCGGAGGAAGGUGGCGGUACUGUUGAAUUAAUGCCAAAUGGUAAAGACAUUGAAGUGAGCUCGAGCAACGUCUACGACUACGUCCGGAAAUACGCCAAAUAUCGAAUGAUUAAAGUGCAAGAAAAAGCGAUUGAAAGUAUCCGUACUGGAGUUCUUGAUGUUUUGCCUGAAGGUUCUUUGGAUAGUUUGACAGCUGAAGAUCUUCGUCUUUUGUUGAACGGUGUGGGAGACAUCAAUGUAGCAGUUUUAAUAUCGUAUACGUCGUUCAAUGAUGAGUCUGGGGAAAACAGUGAACGUUUAGUAAAAUUCAAACGUUGGCUUUGGUCAAUUGUUGAAAAAAUGACGCACUUGGAAAGACAAGAUUUGGUUUAUUUCUGGACGGGUUCUCCGGCACUUCCGGCAAGCGAGGACGGUUUUCAGCCUAUGCCUUCGGUGACGAUAAGACCAGCAGAUGACGCACAUUUACCAACAGCAAAUACUUGUAUAUCACGUUUAUAUAUUCCCCUUUAUAGUAGUCGCGCAGUUCUUAGACAGAAAUUAUUACUUGCCAUCAAAACAAAGAAUUUCGGUUUUGUGUGAUCAUGGGUUGAUUGUUUCGUUUAAUAUUUAGUACGAAUUUCAGUUUAAUAAAAUUGUUUUUAUAAGUUGUUUAUAUUUUUGUCAUGAAUAUUGUGAUGAUUUAUAACUUAUUUUGAAUAAGCUAAAGUGAUAAUCUUGUAUAUAAUCUCAUUUUCAUGUUUCAUGGACACGAAGUAUGUAUGUCUUAAAAAAAUUCACACUUUUUUCAUGCUCAAAGAUUUUUCUUUUCUUUCGGUAAAUCACUAGUCUUCUUGCUUGGGUUACUUUUAACUUUUGCACCUUUUAUUUGUUGUGCCAAUCCUGUUCGGGUGCAUACAUGUUAUUAGUAUUAUUGUAGAUAAUAGUUUUUAAGAAUUUCUUAUUUAUAUCAAAUUUUAAGUUCGUAAACUUAGUUAUGUUUAUUAAUAAAGUGUCUCGUCAUACGGUUUUUUUAAUUUCAUAAUUUCGGAUGGCUUCUGUAUUAGUAUUGAAAUAAAAGCAGUUAUGUAUA